GCUCUGUUGCUUAGACCGGGCUGCUGCAAGGAUGGGGCCCCUGGAAGCAGUAGGUGAAGGAAACCAGACGGACGAAAUGAAAAUGGAGCUGUUCACCAAGCUGUACUUGCCGAGAUACACCACACCGCUCAAUGAAUUGGCUCUGGACCCUAAACCAGAACUGAAGGACAGCACAACGCUAGUUGAAGUGCAGAUAAUCCUCAUCUUUGCUUACUGCUCCAUCAUCCUGCUGGGGGUGAUCGGAAACUCCCUCGUGAUCCAUGUGAUCAUCAAGUUCAAAAGCAUGCGCACAGUGACCAACUUCUUCAUUGCCAACCUGGCUGUGGCUGACCUGCUGGUGAAUACGUUGUGCCUGCCCUUCACUUUGGUUUACACGCUGUUGGGUGAAUGGAAACUGGGCCCGGUCUUGUGCCACCUGGUGCCUUAUGCCCAGGCUCUUGCUGUGCAUGUGUCUACCGUUACUUUGACUGUGAUCGCUUUGGAUCGGCAUCGCUGCAUUGUCUACCACCUGGAAAGCAAAAUCUCGAAGCGCAUCAGCUUCCUCAUUAUAGGAGUUGCCUGGGCAAUCAGUGCCCUGUUGGCAAGUCCUCUGGCCAUCUUCCGUGAAUACUCCCUGAUUGAGAUCAUUCCUGACUUCAAGAUUGUGGUCUGCUCUGAGAAGUGGCCAGGGGAGGGGCAGCUCAACUAUGGCACCAUCUACAGCAUCUCCAUGCUCCUGAUCCAAUACGUGCUGCCGCUGGCCGUCAUCUCCUAUGCCUACACCCGUAUUUGGACCAAGCUCAAGAACCAUGUUAGUCCUGGGGCGGGGAAUGACCACUACCACCAUCGGCGGCAGAAAACCACCAAGAUGCUGGUGUGUGUGGUUGUGGUCUUUGCUGUCAGCUGGCUGCCAUUUCACACCUUCCAGCUAGUCAGUGAUAUUGACAGUCAGGUGUUAGACCUGAAAGAGUACAAACUGAUCUACACAGUGUUUCAUGUCAUUGCCAUGUGCUCAACGUUUGCUAACCCCCUUCUCUAUGGCUGGAUGAAUAACAACUACAGGACGGCCUUCCUCACGGCCUUCCAGUGCGAACAGCGCCUGGACUCCAUCCACCCUGAAGUAUCAGCAGCUUUCAAAGCCAGGAAGAAACUAGAAGCAAAAAGGAUUCAGUUCCCUGGAGACUCUUUCACACAACCUACCAAUGUCUAAGAUGUCUGACUUUAAAGAAGAAAUGAAUAUGUCGUGGACAAAGGGAUAAAUCCAUUUUGACACAUGCAUUUUUAAUGCAUAGUUUUUUUCCUGAAUGGGGAAAGAAAAGUAGCAGGCAAGUCAAAGCAAGUGGUAUGAUUUGAGGGGAGUUGAUUGCCAUCAAGAGUAUGUAACUAUACAACUGCAAGGAAAUAAAAAGGAGAGACCUUGUUUAUGGCUGUCUCUAACAGGGAAAGAGACUCUCCCAUCUCUCUCAUCUCUUUUUGACAAGUCUAAAUGACAAAGGCAGAGUUUGCUGGUUUUGCUAUA